GAAUGUAAUACAUCAGUAGCCUAUAAAAGGAUAACUACUACAUUUAAAAUGAACACAUAACUAUUAAUGGACAAAACAUSAACAUGGGAUUAUGAGUGGCUGAAUCAAAUAUUUGGUUACAGAAAAUGAGUUUGUGGCCUCCUUUCAUGAUCAUUUGACUGCUAAAUAAUUCACUAAUGGUAAUGAAUUUUGAUUAAACAUAGCAUCAAGCUGCUUGAAGUAGUCAACUGCCACUCUGAUGGUGGUGGUGAUGCCCACUGGGCACACACUGGUUGAAUCAACGUUGUUUCCACGUCAUUUCAAGGAAAUUCCGUUGAACCAACCGAUGAWUAGACAUUGAAUUGUCUUCUGUGCUGUGGGUGAUGAUGAUGGAUGAGACAGGAGUUAGGACCACACUUACAUGUGAAGCAAGUUCUAUUCUGUCCCAGUAGAUAUAACACAGGUAGGAGAGAGCAGCCACAAAUAAAGCUGUGAAGCGUUUCCAUCCUUCAAAAAUAGUCUGCGGCGACGGAACAACCGUAUUGAAAGUUGCAUGUCUGACUAUGUUGCUACCAGUGAAGCAUGUCGUUAAUGCACAACGCAUCCUUGACCAUUCAGAUGAUUGGGGUUCAGCUCCUUCAAUCCAAUCCAUUUCAAUCAAUGUUUUGACAUUUUAAAUGGCUAGAUGGAUGAAAUGCACUGAUAAAACGUGUUGUGGRGCAAUUUAAUUUCCCACAAAUUGGUCGACAUUCGAGCAUCUAAAAUGAGAUUCUAGUAAUUCUAUACGCAUGACUUCACAAACGCUGCAGAUAAUUAUGACAGGGCCUAAUUAGGCGUCUUUCUCCACAACAUUCCAUCCAUUAUUUCCAUUGAAUGUGUUUUUCUUUACAUCAUGGCCACACAUUUGUGCUUAAGGCCUAUGUUAUCCAUAAAUAAAUGAAAAUAUCUGACAUCUUAAAACGUCCCCUUUUUCUGAAUAUUCGGGAUAUGGCAUAGACAUAAAAGAAAUGGAUAUUGAAAAUAAAACUCAACUGACACUAUAGGCGGAAAUAAUAGCCUAAACUUGAAACCAAAUAAUCUCAGAAUUUCUGUUGCACAGAUUCAGGUCCCGGUGAUUUGACGUUGACAUAUUUGUUUGGAGGUUCCUAUAGCAACCAUCUAAAACUUUCGUACGCCACAGGACCAUGGACGAAUUUCAAUUAUCUGAAGAGACUGCAUUUGUCGUUGAUGAUAUAACUACAAUCAUAAAAGAUACUGUGGAGACAACUAUUGGAAGCAGUGCCUAUCAACAAAAUCGAAUUAACCAAUGGACAUCCAGUGUGGUGGAAACAAGUCUGAAUCAACUGUCCAAACUAGGAAAACCCUUUAAAUACAUAGUGACUUGCAUCAUACUGCAGAAAAAUGGAGCAGGCCUGCACACUGCCAGCUCUUGCUUCUGGGACAACACUAUGGACAGAAGCUGUACGGUGAGAUGGGAGAACAAAACCACGUACUGUAUAGUCUGUGUCUUUGGGUUGGCUGUCUGACUUGAACAACCACCAUCUUCUAUCUUCCCCUGUUUUGUAAUCAGACAUUUUCCCAACCCCAGUGAAACCAGUCUAAUAAAUGUAGCCCUUGGUUUUGAACACAACUGGUCAAUCAUGGAAUACACCCGUCUUAUUCCUUAUCAUAUUAAGCGGUUUAGCUAAGUUCAUAAAUCUGCAAUAAACAGUUAAAAAGA